AUGACGAAGAACGGCAUUUACGUGUUUGUGCUGUUUUUGUUGCUCACGCCUCCUUUUGCUUUUCCUCAUGUGUAUGAUUGUGAUAACCAACACCACGCCGGGUAUUGGGGAUACGCGACUAAUGAAUUUAAUGGGGGAUGCGUGGCAUGGAGGAAAGGAGAGUGCAACGCCAUAUGUAUAAAUGUAGAACAUAUGGGUUUUGGAGAGUGCGACUGGGAUCCUGAUAGUACUGAAAACACCCCUGUUAUCAGUUUCAAAAGAAAAAAUCCCUCUAUUGAGCUGGAAGCUGAAGCCCUAGAAGUUUCCAUGCUCAAGACUAAUCCUAAAAAAAGAAUAAGCGGAACCCUGAAACACAACUUGACUAUGGCUAGAAACGUGAAAAAGACUGGUAAGAAAAAAAUUACAAUUGACCUUGACCUAAAUGAUUCCAAGAUGGAAAAAGAUGACAUGCAUGGAAAUGAGAAGCAAGAAGGUAGUUCUAGUGAAAGAAGGUCAGCUUGUCUUCUUAACAAAGACAACAGAGAGAAAAUUGAAACAAAGAAGGAGUCCCUUGAUCAGAUGGAGGUUUUUACCCUUGAUGAUGAUGAUGAUGAUGAUGAUGAUGACUUCUCUAGUGAGUGCUCGAUGGAUUUAGAAUUUGAUAACGAAGUGGAGGAAAAAGGGGAUGAUAUUAAGGAGGAUUCAGAGGACUUGAAUGAGGGAAAAGGAGGAUAA